GACAGUGUCAGUUGGUUUCACUGCAGAAGGUUCUGCUUACUGCAGCACUGAACACCAACACAGUAUAAUGUAUUACUCCUCCGAUAGGACACACAUGCACACACACACAGACAAAUGUGUAGGUAUUAUUAUAGGACACUGGUUUGGUCUUUACUAGCUGUGCCGUUAAUAGUUUUCAUGCUGCGACAAAAUGCUCACACACACACACACACACUUUUAAUUACUCCAUUAAAACCUGUUUCACUUCAAAAUGACUUGGAUGUUAAAGUGAAUAAAAUGUUUUUCUCAAAGUCAAGAAAAGGAUCCUUAAUUUCAAAUCCCACCGAAGGACUUGUCCAAUGUCGGUGAAACAUUCACAUUCUACGGAGGACUGAGUCCUUCAUUCAGAGCAUUUUGAAGGAUGCGUGUACGUCUCCUCCUUGUAAACACCCACAAUCCUUUGCGAAUGAUUCAUCUCUUGUUCACCGAUUGGGAAACAGAGGAAACAUGCGAGUAAACAUUUAGUUACGUCCCCUCAGCAGUCCACCAAAAUCCACUUCUGAACAAAUUGAGGAGAUAAAUUCUCAAUUCAGUUGCUGAUUCUUCAUUCGUCUCAGAUCUACGAGGCCUAAUCUAAACGUUAUUCUCCGACCUUCGUCGCACAGCGACAGACUUGUUCAGCGAGCUAUUAAUAGCUCUGAGGCAGAGCGAGCCAGCGGGGUAGAGCUGGCAUAUCUUCACAACUCUGAAUUAAACCAGCGUGGGUGAUUGUUUGAGAGCAUAUUUUUAUUUUUAUGUGCGUUCAUAAAUUACAAUAAUUGUAAAUAUCUCCGACGCGUUUCUCUCCAAAUGCUAAGAAAGCGUCUUUCCUCUGUAGGACAUUACUUGGAAGCACCCGCCGACCUUCCUUGACUCCUUGAAGCGCCAAAAGUUUCCAGAUGUUAAUAUUUGGCUCUGAAAGUCUCGCCUGCCUGCAUAACUCCCAGAAUUCCCUUUUGAUUCUGGCUUUCUUCUUCCAACUGUUUUUCAUGUUGUGUUCUAUUUAGCAGCACUCCACUGCACCUCACUGCUGCAAUAAAACGUAUUUAUUUCAUAUUUAUCCAUCAUCGUGAAUAAAUAUGUGCCUAUAUUUGGGUAUAUUUGCACUGGUUAAAAUCAAAAGGCGAAGAAAUAACGUCCAUGGAGAGCAAAAAAAAAGCCUAAAAAUUGCUUUUUUUUAUUACAUUAUUCAUAUUAUUAAAAAUAUAUAAUAUCUAGAUUAUGUAAGAAAACCAGUGAGGAAAAUGUAUAGAAAUUAUGUAAUUUUAACUUAAUGAGUAAAAUAAGUUUGAUGAAUAUGACACAUAAGGACACAACAGUGUCCUAAAGUUAGCAGCAGAUGUGUUGCGUUGAUUUGAAUGGGCUGUGAUGUCAUCCAUUUGACCAUCAUUCAUUGGCUCACCAAAGAGGAAGUGAGCCAUUGAACCAGUUGUUGUGUACUCGUUGUUGUUCUGGUGCAAAUGUUUACACUUUUAUGCCGAAGUGCAGAUGACCUGAGGCCCCUGAAGAGCCAGUACUAUCCAUUUUCUCUGAUCUCUCAGAUGCAGUUUAUUUUUAUGUGAAUAAAUGAAUGCGUGGGAACUGAUUUAUAAUUCAUGUGUGUUUGAGAUAACCCUGCUAAUGAUUUCCCUCAUUAGAGUGAAGUGAAAGCAUCUUUUUCUCUGCAGCUUGCUGGCAGAAGGUGGCGAAAACAGCCGGCACUGUACAUGGACACCGGCUGUAACACAGUGUGUGUGUGUGUGUGUGUGUGUGUGUGUGUGUGUGCGUGCGUGUUCACUGUGUGUGAAUAAUAUUUAUAGAAGUCUGAUAGGACGAUGCAGGCUGUCCCACCAGCAGACGAGAGGGUCACAUAUAGUUCACUGGAUUUUAUACAUUUUCCAGAAAUCUGCAGAAAACCUGGAAAUAUGAGGUUAUUUUACAAAUAAAUGGAUGAAUUAACAAUAUUAAAUAUAAUGUAUGUUAUUUAUUGGUUAAUUUCUUCUCUUCUGCAGAUCAAUGUGCGCGUCACCACCAUGGACGCUGAGCUGGAGUUUGCCAUCCAGCCCAACACGACGGGCAAGCAGCUCUUUGACCAGGUGGUGAAGACGGUGGGUCUGAGGGAGGUCUGGUUCUUUGGGCUGCAGUACACGGACAGUAAAGGUUACGUCACGUGGCUCAAGCUCAACAAGAAGGUCACCCAGCAGGAUGUGAAGAAGGAGAAUCCUCUGCAGUUCAAGUUCAGAGCAAAGUUCUUCCCAGAGGACGUUUCUGAGGAGCUCAUCCAGGAGAUCACUCAGAAACUCUUCUUCCUGCAGGUGAAGGAGGCCAUACUGAACGAUGAGAACUACUGUCCCCCAGAGACCGCCGUGCUGGUGGCCUCCUACGCCGUCCAGGCCAAGUACGGAGACUACAACAAAGACCUCCACAAGCCGGGCUACAUGGCCUCAGACCGGCUGCUGCCACAACGAGUUCUAGAGCAACACAAGCUGACAAAGGAGCAAUGGGAGGACAGAAUCCAGACCUGGCACGAGGAGCACAGAAGCAUGCUCAGGGAGGAUGCGAUGAUGGAGUAUCUGAAGAUAGCUCAGGACCUGGAGAUGUACGGCGUCAACUACUUUGAAAUCAAAAACAAGAAAGGCACGGAGCUGUGGCUCGGGGUCGACGCCCUGGGACUCAACAUCUACGAGCACGAAGACAAGUUGUCGCCAAAGAUCGGCUUCCCCUGGAGUGAGAUCAGAAACAUCUCCUUCAACGACAAGAAGUUUGUCAUCAAGCCCAUCGACAAGAAAGCUCCAGACUUCGUGUUCUACGCCCCUCGGUUGCGGAUCAACAAGCGCAUCCUGGCGUUGUGUAUGGGGAACCACGAGCUGUACAUGAGGAGGAGGAAGCCCGACACCAUCGAGGUGCAGCAGAUGAAGGCUCAGGCCCGAGAGGAGAAGCACCACAAACAGAUGGAGAGAGCGCAGCUGGAGAACGAGAAGAAGAAGCGCGAGCACGCGGAGAAAGAGAAGGAGCGGAUAGAGCGGGAGAAGGACGAGCUGAUGGAGAAGCUGAGGCACAUCGAGAUGCAGACGCACAGAGCUCAGAGAGAGCUGGAGGAGCAGACCCGCAGGGCACUGGAGCUGGAGCAGGAGAGGAAGCGGGCCAAGGAGGAGGCGGAGCGUCUGGAGAGGGAGAAGCAGGUGGCGGAGGAGGCCAAGGCAGCGCUGGCUCAGCAGGCUGCCGACCAGAUGAAGAACCAGGAGCAACUGGUAGCUGCACCACACACAGCGCCCCGCUGACUCCUCGCUCUCUGCUGUUCACUCUCUGAACCCUGAAGCAGUUUCGGGGGGGUUUUAUGCUCGCGUCACAUGUUUCUCUCUGUGGUCUUGGUUCUCACAGUAACAUAAAGUCCUGCUCCUCUAUAGAAACAGAACCAUCGUGACUAGAAGAAGAGAGAACUAGAACAUGUCUUUAGUGCAGAACAACAGUCAUGAUGACGUCAAUCAUUGAAAAGUGGAAUUUUCUUUGAUAAUUUAUUUUAAAACAAACUAGAAUCUAAAUAUCCAACAUUUUUCCAAGUGUUUCCAAUGUCGGAAAAAUAAUGGAGGCUCCAAAUGUUUUAUAUAUAUUGAACUAUUUACAUGUUUACAACCUCUACUUCAGCCUCUCUCCUCUCCU